AGACGGUACCUCUCGUCUAACUUUGAGCGGAGAAUCCAAAGAAAAACGCAGCUCGCGAGUGCCUGAAAAAUAUUUGAAAAAUCUCCAACUGAAAAAAGGGAUAUAAAUCAAAGAGGGAAAAUAACAGUGCGAAUGAUGUCGGGAAUUUUAUUGCUUUUGGCCCUGCUGGCCUUCGUUGCAAAUGGCGCGGCCAUCAAGUGCUUUGUCUGCGACUCGAGCGAUAAUCCCAGCUGCUCCGAUCUGGACUCCAAUUCUAGCAUAGUGGCGGAGGAAUGUACAUUGGACAAAAUGAAAUCGCUAGACACCUGGCUUCUGGAUCUAAACAAAUUCGCAUAUUUCGAUAACGGUGGCAAUAAAAAACCGCUAAUGAAUUGCGAAAAGGUUGUGGCCAAAGACCCUGAAACCAGAAAAGUGGUGACUGCACGCUUUUGUCAACUGGACACCGGGGACUCCAAUGCCUGUCAGAUCCUGAGAGACAAACUGCGAAUCCCCAGUGCCGAGGAGCUGGAACAACGCAAUCGCAAUCAGAAUAAGAGACGGAAGAAUGGGAAUGGGGAUGAUAGUGAAGAAAUCUCCGCGGAGGAUGCGUUCUUCUGCGAAGUUUGCAACACGGAUUCCUGCAAUGGAGCGGCGGCCAAUACGCUUUGGGUGGCUUCCGUUCUGUCCUUGAUUAUGAUCCUAUUGGGCUGUUAAAAUAUUGGAUCAAGUUAUCCAGAUGGAUUAAAUGGUGGCAUGGUGGUUGCAUUUAAGUUGAGUUACCGUUUGCCUUUCCCUUGCUGUUUACUUGGCAAAUAUUUAAGUGCAGUGUCGCUGACUCGUACAAGCGUUUCAAAGGCACUCAGUUAGCCCUACCCUUAACCCUAGAAAUGUAAUCACUCACACAUAGUUACACAGAAGACACCGAUGCAAUACAAACACACAAAGUCGCUUUGAUUCAAAACAAAUAUGAAACUUUUAAUUUCGAAAACAAAUACCAAAAAAUAGAGUAGGGAUACGAGUAACCAAGAUUGCAAGGUGCCAUUUCCUAUAUAUCAAUGUUUGGGAUUCUAUGCCGUUAGCUCUAGAGACAGACCUCUAAAUUGUUACCUUUUCAGUUUGUAAAUUUAAUUUAUAGGAGACAUGAAUAUAAGAAGUCACCAAUUGCCUUUAAUUUGUCUUAAUUAAUAGCAAUCGAUAUAGAUGUGAAGUAAUAGCGUCGAUAAAUGUGUAUAUUCUUAGGUAGAUUCAGAAAGUGCUUAAAGUAAUUAAAUCAUAAAUUCGUGUUUUAAAUAACGGGAAUGAGUAAAUUUACUGUACAAAUCGCGAGCAAACACAAUCAACUGAAAGCAAAACGCGAAUUUAGGAGAACAAAUUUAAAAGCAACAACAACAACGCAAUAAAAGUGAAUAAAUGUGCAAUUAGAAGAAAUGUUAACAAAAAGCAAUGCAAUGUGAGCUUAGAAUCGCCUGCAAGCCACACACACUAUAUAGUACCAUAUGUUUUUGCGCCGAUUUGAGCUAUCAGUUCUGCUUAGUUCGUAAGCUAGUUUUGAAAUGGUAACUAAAUUGAACGUUGAGAGCACCGAAUAAAUGCUGUAUGACAGUAUAACAGAGA